UUGUGGAGUCGGUGUGGAUGUUUUAGUACAUGGACAUAAUGGAGGCAUAUUAAUUAUAGUUGUUUCUGCAAUGAUAUUAUUCUUAGAAACGAUGUGGUGCGUUACGUUGUUUCUACAAAUAUGUCUCAGAGAUGAAUACAAUGGCCUAAUCAGCUGUUGGGACAAAUCAAGUAAUUUGUUAGGAAGCUGGAGAUUGGCUCCACCUUAUGUUGCAAUUGGAGUUGCACUCAUAGUUUGGCCACAGGGUUUGUGGCUAAGUCCAGUCGCUGGUGGUAUGCUGAUAGUUUUAGCUGUAUGUCAUCUUUUCGAAAUCUGCAGGGCGACCACCAGGGGUCGAAGGGACACUCUUUUACCUCAAACUAUACCUGAUGCAGAUUUAGAGAGGUACGAUGACAUUUCCGAGAUCCUGGACGACACGCUUCCGUCUCCGGUGACUCCCAUUCCGGAAGACGACGACUAUCGCGAGGACAUCUGACCGGAAACCGACGAAGUAGAAAACGACGACGACGGAGGCGGCGGCGGAGAUAGGCGAAAGAUACCGAAGCAGGACGAAGACUUCGAUUCGGCGAAGUCGAGGGAUUUUAAACAAGGAUAAGAUGAUUGCGAAAUUGUGAUUUGUAGGGUAGUAAUGGAUAAUGGA